AUGGCGGACAUUCCAGAGAACUCUGCUCCGGGAUACGUAGGGAGGCUGGAUGCCUCACAGCAAGAGAAACUUCACCAGUUUUGGCGGAUUCUGAUGCAAUCCUGGGAUUCAACCAUUCCCGGCCCUGAUCCCGCCCGCAAAUUAUCAGUCUCCUCUAGUGGCACUACGAAGCCGCAUCGGCGUUUCUUCUCCCUAGGGCGAGCACAGACUCAGCCCACAGAGGAAGAGACCACCGCCGUCCCACCCAAUCUACUCUCCACAUUGAAAAGCCUAGGCGCAGGCCCAGAUGAGAUCAAAACUAUCAACACACUUUGUCAAAGGCUCCCAGGGGACAAAUUGCGGGCAGCUCUAAUCUCGGCUCUCAAGCAAGAUCAUCCGGACGCGCUUUGCCUGCGUUUCAUCCGGGCCGAAAAGUGGAACAUUCCCAAGGCAUGGAUCAAGCUUGUCUCGGCCCUGAACUGGCGAGUCAAUGAGUACAAGGUCGAUGAAGAAGUCCUUCUCAAAGGUGAAGGAUAUCAUCUGGAGAAAUCGCGACAGAGUGGAGACUCAAUUGAGAAAAAGGAUGGCCAGGGCUUUGUGCAUCAGCUGAAAACUGGCAAGGGUCACUAUCAUGGAGCUGAUAAGUGGGGUCGUCCCAUCUGCAUCGUCCGCGUACGGACCCAUAAUCCCAGUGACCAGACGCUUAAGGGAUUGAACGACUACAUCAUUCACUGCAUUGAGACUGUGCGCUAUUUGCAGGUUCCGCCUGUGGAAACAAUGGCCAUUGUCUUCGAUCUGACCUCAUUCAGUCUAUCCAACUGGGACUUCCCUCCUGUCAAAUUCAUCAUCGACAGCUUUCAAGAAAAUUAUCCCGAAUCUUUAGGAGCCUUAAUCUUCUACAAUGCCCCUUGGAUCUUCUCCGGAUUCUGGAAAAUAAUCCACGGUAUCCUCGACCCUGUAGUCGCCGCAAAGGUUCACUUCAUCAGCGGCGCUAAAGAGCUCGAAAAGAUGGUCCCCCGAUCCCAAAUUAUCAAAGAGCUUGGCGGCGAAGAAAACUGGGAAUACGAAUACGUCGAGCCUAGCCCAAAGGAAAACGAUAGACUGAAAGACUCCACCACGCGUGAGGGCAUCCUCGUAGAAAGAAAAAAGCUUGGCGAUGACCUUUUCACACUGACAACUGAAUGGAUCUCAACGUUCAAGAGCGAUCCAUCACCGACUAGUCGCGAUGACGUGAUCAGAAAGCUGCGCGAAAAUUACUGGCAGCUUGAUCCUUACGUGCGUGUGCGGAGUGUUUUGGAUAGGACUGGUGUUAUCAAUGAAAGUGGAAGAAUUGAUUUCUAUCCUAUGAAGGUUUCACCCGAGGUGAACGAGAAGUCCAAGAUUUUACCAGAGCAUUUGGAUAAUGCACAAAUUCCCGCCGUCGCUGCUUAG